GCUAUGGCAUGAAUUAACAAGAACUCAUUGGCUCUUUCUGCUUUUCAGUUUGAUGAGAAAUUUAUAGAAACUCCAGAAGACUUGGAUAAGUUAAGAAAUGAUGGGAGUCUGAUGUUCCAGCAAGUGCCAAUGGUUGAAAUCGAUGGGAUGAAGCUGGUGCAGACCAGAGCCAUUCUCAACUGCAUCGCCACCAAAUACAACCUCUAUGGGAAAGACAUAAAGGAGAGAGCCCUGAUUGAUAUGUAUGCAGAAGGUGUGUUCGAUUUGGGUGAAAUGAUCAUGCUUUUGCCAUUGUGCCCACCUGGGGAAAAAGAUGCCAAGAUAAUGGAGGUCAAAGAGAAAAUAAAAAACCGUUAUCUUCCUGCGUUUGAAAAAGUGUUGAAGAGCCACGGACAGGACUACCUUGUGGGCAACCGGCUGAGCAGGGCUGACGUGCACCUGGUUGAGCUGCUCUACUACGUGGAAGAGGUGGACCCCAGCCUUCUGGCCAGCUUCCCGCUGCUGAAGGCCCUGAAAAGCAGAGUCAGCAGCCUCCCUACCGUGAAGAAGUUUCUGCAGCCUGGCAGCCAGAGG